CAUUUUGGGUGAGACAAAAUUUCGUUUUAGGUUAAAAUUAGAACAAGGGCAAAGUUGUCAAAAUUUUAUAAAUUGUGGGCUUUAUGUAGAAAAACGCGGGCGAUGUUUAACAAGUCCCAUAAAAAUAGCUAAAAUAUCAUUGGAAUUUUCUCUCUCCUCCAUCAAAAACCAUGAACAAGAUCUCUUUCUCUUUAUCAUCAAAUCAAUCUUCUUCUAAAUCGAACGCCAAAACCAAAAAUCCCCAAAUUAAUCGUGAAUCAAUCCCUGAAUUCGACCCAUCUCAAACCCUAACCCUAGAAAAAGGCCCCAAAAAAAUCGCCAUCCCGCCAAAACAGAACGAAUGGCGUCCCGCGAAGAAGAUGAAGAAUCUCGAUUUACCCCCAAUUCAUUCAGAAGGAAAACCCCUUGAAUUUGAAGUUGAGAUUGAAGCUGAUGUUGUUGCCCCAGAAUCUGAAUCGAAAAUUUCAUACGGGUUGAAUCUUCGGCAAGAUGCGGUUGAUGGUAAGGGUGAAUUCGAUGUUUCUAAUUCAAUUGAUGCGAUUAUGCUUAAGAAAUUGAGAAAUAAUUUAGAUAAGUUGCCUGAAGAUGAGGGUUUUGAUCAAUUUGAGGAGGUUCCUGUUGAGGGUUUUGGGGAAGCUUUGUUAGCUGGGUAUGGGUGGAGACAAGGGAUGGGAAUUGGGAGAAAUGCUAAGGAGGAUUUCAAGGUUGUUGAGUAUAAACGCCGGAACGCGAAAGAGGGUUUAGGGUUUAGUGAUGAUGAUGUGGUUCCUAAGAAAGUUGAUGGGAGGGAUAAUAAGAAUAAAGGAAAGUUUGAGGUUGGGAAAGAGGUUAGGAUUAUUGGUGGUAGGAAGAUGGGGUAUAAGGGUAGAGUAAUUGAAGUGUUACGCGGUUCGUUGUUUUUGAGGCUUUCGCGUAGUGAUGAGGAAGUCAAGGUUCGAGUGGAUGAAGUAGCUGAGUUGGGUUCUUUGGAGGAAGAUAAGUGUUUGAAGGAGUUGAAGAUUCGAGGUUCUAAAGAAUCUUUGAGGGGCAGCGAUAAGAAGGGGAGUAGAGAUUCGUCGAGUGAAAGAAAGGAAAGUAAGAGUGGUAGAAAUGAGGAUAGGAGAGGUGAUGUUGGUGAAGUUAAGAGUGAAUGCAGGGUGCGGGUGGAUGAGGAAAGGACUAGUAGUAGUCGAGUUUCUUGGCUUAGGAGUCAUAUUAGGGUCAGAAUUGUUAGCAAGUCGUUUAAAGGAGGAAAGUUUUACUUGAAGAAGGGUGUGGUAAUCGAUGCUGCUGGAGUCAGGACCUGUGAUAUAUCGAUGGAUGAUGGUAGGGAGAUUGUUCAGGGAGUAGAACAGGAGAUAUUGGAAACUGCUCUUCCUAGGCGAGGUGGUCCUGUUCUUGUUCUCUUCGGAAACCACAAGGGUACUUAUGGCAGUCUUGUGGAAAAAGAUUCCGAGAGGGGAACUGGUGUAGUUCAAGACGCUGAUACACAUGAGCUGAUUCAUGUGCAGCUUGAACAAAUAGCUGAAUUCGUUGGAGACCCAGGCGACAUUGGUUAUUGAUUAUGUAAUCAAUGUGGCAAAACCUUGCAACAGGAAUAGGCUUAUGUAGGGUGAAGAGUCAUGCUGAUUAUUGUACAAGCAAAUUUCCUCACAUUUGCUCACUAGGUUUUUUAUUACCUAGUAGUAUAUUUUGAUUCAUCCUUAUGUUAUUGGGUAGUGGAUUGUAAAAUCAUUUUUACAAUUGUACGGUGCCAAUAGAUGAUUAAGAGAGAUUUCACUAACUAGAUUUAUUGUUAUUUUCUCCAUGCUUUAUACAGUACUAAACUGAUCUCUGCUAAAUUUAAGUCACUUCAA